CACUGGAUUCAUGACAUGAUCAUAUUGCACAACUGCAGCUGUAAAGUUCAAAAGCAGAAAGUUCAAAACUUAACAAGGUUCUCUUGAGCAACGUCCCGACAUCGCUCCUCGCCCCUCGUCGUGCUUCUCUUCACGCGAGAGGUUUAGUUCUGACUGACUGUCAGUAAAACUGUUUUCUCUCUUUGUGUGAGUCCGCCACAGUUUCCACUGCAGCGUGUGACUGUUGCAUCAACUCUACUGUGAAAUUGACACCCAGAGAGUUUCCGCUGUGAGGACGAGACAGGAAGCAGAUUGUGAUCAUCAUCAUCAUCAUCAUCAUCAUCACCACCACCAUCGUCGUCGCGCUGCAGGAACCAGAGGACGGCACAGAGAUUCAGGCUCUAACGUCUGAACCAUGAGCAAACGGAAACUGAAUGAGAUUAUGUGCAGUGGAAUCAGGAAGACGGAGACGGCGGACGUCGUGAGCAGAGGUCUCAAGUGGUUCGGGAGCUUCACCAAUCUCUCCACCCGCCGCCCCCGGUCCAACGGCGGCAUCAAGGACGCGCCCGCCCAGGAGCAUGACGGGAGCAUCGGUGGAGCCAAGUCAGCGGCGGCGGGGGGCCGGUCUGUCGACGACGCGGAGUCCUCCCUCCGCAACCCCGGCUACGCCCGCUCCAGUGACAUGUACACACAUGUGGGCACGGUGCCGCGCAGCGAGAAGACGACGAGGAGGAGCUGGAGGGGGGUGAAGGAGAAAAAGAAGAGCAAGAGGGAGGAGGAGGAGGGGGGGGUGAGCGGAGGAGGGCAGAGCCAGGGGAAGGCGGGGGAACAUGUCCAGGACUCCCCCCUGCUCAGUGCCCUGUCCAGCCUCAGUGUGACCAGUCUGGACCGACCUGCGCCGGUCUCUGCACCGGCCCGGUCGCUGCCCGACACGCCGACGCCCAGCUGGGCUUCACCUUUGACCUCAGCGCCCGACGGCCGCUGCUGCAGUCGUCCCCCGGGAAACCCCGCUAAGAUCCAGGGAGCUCCAUCGAGGAGCGGGGAAGCUUCAGAGCCGUCGGACAUGACGACUAACAGAGUGGUUUCGCCACAGGACGUGUACGUGCCGAUGGACCCGAUCGCCGAAGCUGCUCGAGACCGACAGGAGCGCGCACAGGAAGCCACGGACCCUGCGAACGGCUCACAGGAAGUGGCGAGCGGCGAAAGGCGGCGCCACGUGACGGGCGGCGGUGGAGAGUACGUGAAGUUCUCCAGAGGGAAGUUCUGCUUGGAGCCGCCGUCAGACAAACAGAGGAAGCAGCUGGAGGAGGAGCUGAAGCUGAGCGGCACAAACCUGAGGAGCCACGGCUGGUACCACGGACACAUCCCCUGGCAGGUGUCGGAGAGUCUGGUGGUGAAAGACGGCGACUUCCUCAUCAGAGACUCUCAGUCCAGUCAGGGCGACUUUGUCCUCACCAGCCGCUGGGAGCAGACGACGCUUCACUUCCUCGUCAGACAGACGGCGGUUCAGUCCAGUGACGCGUACACGCGGGUCCAGUACAGUCUGGAGGGCGAGUGCUUCGACACCUUGCAGGCCCUGGUCCACUUCUACGUGGGCAGCAGGGCGGUUCUGACCCGGUGGAGCGGCGCUCAGAUUCACCAGCCGGUGAACAGGAUGCUGCCGCUCAGCUAUCUGGACACGGCCUUCUGCACCACCGUCAGCCCGCCGUCCUGCCACGGAGAGGGGACGGUCCGUCCGAGGAGUCCUUCCUCUCUCCACCACAGGGAGGCAGACCUGAGCAGAGGACGGGACAACCACUCUGCUGGAGAAUCAUCUCCCUCGACUCCAAACAGCAACAACACCCCGCAGCCCAGAAGCCCUUGCAGUGGCCAGGCAGCCAGUGUGGCUCCAUCUCCAUCCCUCUCCAGGCGCUCGAACACCACCCAACCCACGUCCUCCCCGAACAGCGGCAACAACAGAUCCCAUCCUCAUCAGCACCAGGACUCUCUAUCCUCUGAUUCGGAUGGAAGCUGCUACACUGAGCUGUACCCGGGCCCCCAGAGCUACGUGGAGAGGCUGCGGGUGGAGGAAGGGUCAGUGGCCGUCGAUCCACUGAGGCUGGAGGAUGGGACUGGGUUCUUUUCACCGAUGGUCGAGGCGGUUUCUUCCUUCAGACCGAGCAAGUACGAGUCGCGGCUGAUGCCCCUGGAGAACAAGCCUUUGGAGGUGGCCAUUCUGCGAAGGGUGAAGGAGCUUCUAGCCGAGAUCGACCCCAGGACGGCGGCGAAACACAUCACCAAGGCCGACUGCAUGGUGGCCAGAAUUCUGGAGGUGACUCCGGAGGUGCAAAGGAUGAUGGGAGUCAGCUCUGGAAUGGAGCUGCUCACGUUGCCACAUGGCCAGCAGCUGAGACUGGACCUGCUGGAGAGGUUUCAAACCAUGGCGAUCACGUUGGCGGUGGACGUGUUGGGCUGCACGGGGACGACCGAGGAGCGAGCCAGUCUGCUCCAUAAAAUCAUCCAAAUCGCUGCUGAGCUCAAAAGCACCAUGGGAAACAUGUUCGGCUUCGCUGCCGUCAUGCGAGCCCUGGAGCUGCCGCAGGUGUCCCGUCUGGAGCUGACGUGGAUGGCGUUACGGCAGCGGCACACAGAGGGCGCCAUUCUCUACGAGAAAACUCUGAGGCCGUUUAUGAAGAGCCUCAAUAGUGGGAGAGAAAGCUGUCCGCUGUCCACCACCACCUUCCCCCACGUCCUCCCACUCUUGUCUCUGCUGGAGAAGAGCGUGGCGGUGGGCGAGGGGGCAGAGCCGUGGGAGACGGUGGAGGUCGGCGUGGACGUGGUCAUGUUCCACCUGGGGGCGGCGAGGACCAUCGCACAGCUGGGGGGCAUCUACAGAUCCAAUGCUGAGAGCAAACUACAGGGUUUCCAGGAGCAUUCCGAGGUCCUGGAGCUGUUCCAGACCGACUUCCAGCUGAGGCUGCUGUGGGGCAGCAGGGGGGCCACGGAGAACCGGGCUCUGCGAUACGCCAAGUUUGACCAGGUGCUGACCGCCUUGUCCAACAAGCUGGAGCCGCCUGUCAGAUCACGCUGACCUCAGAGCUGGAUGAGCGACCAGUCAUUUUCUGCAUCAUCGGGACAGUCGGUCAGACACUGAGCAGCUCCCCCCCAGCAGUUGGGGGUUCUGAUACCUUGCUCAAGGGCAGUUGGAAGGAAGAGCACAAUGGCGUUUGUAUUUUCAAAUCAACCAGACUCCUAACAGUGCUCCCCGUUUCUGCCCUUAAACGCAACGGACAAACAGUUGAGAGGCGAAAGAAACGUUUCUGCAGCAGAACCAAUGUUGGCAUCAAAGGGGGUUCUGAGGCUAAAUGGUUAUGUUUGUGUUACCGUUCCUGUGAAACUGAUCCCAACUGGCCUGAUCCGGGGCCGAGUGAAGGUUAUAUUUGACAACUCUCCUUGGGUAGUUGUAUAAAGGGGCAUUUUGACCAGAAUAAAGUAGUUUCUGGAAGACACCUCUAGAUAUGUGAAACAUUUGUGUUUCCCUCUACCACUCUCAUCCCUACAUUUAGCACCGAUCACAGUAUAUUCUGAACCGAAGACUUUGACUUUGCUUAAGUCAGAAACCAGCAUGCUGUCCUGCUGGCGAAUCUGUUGGGUGCACUGUCCUCUGUAGGCAUAAUUCAGUAAGCACGACCGUGUCGUCCCGUGAGUAAUUAUACUAGACUGUCACGCAGUAAAGGUCAUACCUCCAACAAGGCCAACAGUCCCCUUCUGCAACCACAUUUAAAUCUGCUAAAUAUGGAUCCAUUAAUUUGGGACAAUCUGUGAAAAUUAACAACAAGAAACCUGUCAAAUAUUAAAGAAUGUAAAUCCUG